AUGAAUGCACCAGUGAUGGUCACUCUUGAAGGUGAGACCGACCCCCUCCUGAUCGCCGAGAAGGAGCUCCUUCAGCGCGUCAUCCCAUUCGUGAUCCGCCGCUUCCUGCCGGACAACACGUACGAGGACUGGAAGGUCUCAGAGUUACUGGACCUCGAGUGA